GCGUGAGCCGCCCCCCCAUGCGAGAGCGGGGCCGCGGCUGCCACUGCCGGCUCCCGGCGUGAGCGCCGCCGGCCGGGCCGAGCCGUGCCGUGCCAUGCCCGGGUGCGGGGCGCAUCGUGAGGCUGCCAGAGGCUGCCGGCACCGGCGCCGCUCCUGCCGCCGCCGCCGCGACAUGGUGUGAGCCCGCUGCCGCCGGGGACGCGCGGGCACCCACCGACUCACCCGCUCACCCACCGACCGGCCGGCCGGGAUCCCCGGGGGGAUCCAGCCCCGCACUGUAGCGCGGGGAGACGGACGGACGGACAAACCGCAGCACCCCUUCUCCUUCUUCCUUCCCUUCUUUCACCUCCCUUUCCCUCCUCCUCCUCCCACCAUCCAUCCAUCUAACCAUCAUCCCCCCCGCCAACCCCUCCCAAUGCUGAAGAGUUUCAACCCGGCGGGGCUGGAGUGAAGAAGGGCGGAAGGGAGGAGAGGAGCGGAGCGGACCUCCGCGCAAUUCACAGCUGCUCUAGGGAGGGGGGAGCGGCCUCGCUAUUAUUUAACAGAGAAGAAAAAAUAUUUAAAGGAAAAAAAAAAAAGAGACAGGAAAAUGGCGAACGAUUCUCCUGCAAAAAGUCUGGUGGAUAUCGACCUUUCCUCCCUGCGGGACCCCGCUGGGAUUUUUGAACUGGUGGAAGUGGUUGGCAAUGGCACGUACGGGCAAGUCUACAAGGGUCGCCAUGUCAAAACGGGUCAGCUGGCAGCCAUCAAAGUCAUGGACGUUACUGAGGAUGAAGAAGAAGAAAUCAAACUGGAGAUUAAUAUGCUAAAGAAAUAUUCUCAUCAUAGAAAUAUUGCAACUUAUUAUGGUGCUUUCAUUAAGAAAAGUCCUCCAGGACAUGAUGACCAACUGUGGCUUGUUAUGGAGUUUUGUGGAGCUGGCUCUAUCACAGACCUUGUGAAGAACACAAAAGGGAAUACCCUGAAAGAAGACUGGAUAGCAUAUAUCUCCAGAGAGAUUCUCCGGGGGUUGGCACAUCUUCAUGCCCAUCAUGUGAUUCACAGGGAUAUCAAAGGGCAAAAUGUGUUGUUAACAGAGAAUGCAGAAGUGAAACUUGUGGAUUUUGGUGUGAGCGCUCAGCUGGACAGGACAGUUGGCAGGAGAAACACUUUUAUUGGAACUCCGUAUUGGAUGGCUCCAGAAGUUAUUGCCUGUGAUGAGAAUCCGGAUGCUACGUACGAUUACAGAAGUGACCUUUGGUCGUGUGGCAUUACGGCCAUAGAGAUGGCAGAAGGAGCUCCCCCACUUUGUGACAUGCACCCCAUGAGGGCACUCUUUCUGAUACCCAGGAACCCUCCCCCACGGUUAAAAUCCAAGAAAUGGUCAAAAAAGUUUUUCAGCUUUAUAGAAGGUUGUCUAGUGAAGAAUUACAUGCAGCGACCUUCUACAGAACAACUGUUGAAACAUCCCUUUAUACGUGACCAGCCAAAUGAAAGGCAAGUCCGAAUCCAGCUUAAGGACCAUAUAGACAGGACCAGGAAGAAGAGAGGAGAGAAAGAUGAGACGGAGUAUGAAUAUAGUGGAAGUGAGGAAGAAGAGGAGGAAGUGCCUGAACAAGAAGGAGAGCCAAGUUCCAUUGUCAAUGUGCCUGGAGAAUCAACCCUCCGACGUGAUUUCCUGAGACUGCAGCAGGAAAACAAGGAACGGUCCGAGGCCCUUCGGAGACAGCAGCUGCUGCAGGAGCAGCAGCUCCGUGAGCAGGAGGAGUACAAGAGGCAGCUGCUGGCAGAGAGGCAGAAACGCAUUGAGCAGCAGAAGGAGCAGAGGAGGCGGCUAGAAGAGCAACAAAGAAGAGAAAGGGAAGCUCGAAGGCAACAAGAGCGUGAGCAAAGGCGGAGAGAACAGGAGGAAAAAAGACGUCUGGAAGAAAUGGAGAGGAGGCGUAAGGAGGAGGAAGAGAGAAGAAGAGCAGAGGAGGAAAAGAGGAGGGUAGAAAGGGAGCAGGAGUAUAUCAGGCGACAGCUAGAAGAGGAGCAGCGGCACUUGGAAAUUCUACAGCAGCAGCUGCUCCAGGAGCAGGCCAUGUUACUGGAAUACAGAUGGCGAGAGAUGGAGGAACACCGACAGGCAGAGCGACUCCAGCGCCAGUUGCAGCAGGAGCAAGCCUACCUCCUGUCGCUGCAGCAUGAUCACAGGCGGCAGCAGCAGCAACAGCAGCAGCAGCAACAACAGCAGCAGCAAGAAAGAAAUAAACAAAGCUAUCAUACCCCUGAGCCAAAAUCCCACUAUGAGCCUGCUGAAAGAGCACGUGAGGUGGAGGAGAGAUUUAGAAAAACUAAUCAGGGCUCCCCUGAAGCACAGUCUAAACAGAUGGGCAAAGUGUUGGAGCCACCAGUGCCUUCAAGAUCAGAGUCCUUUUCCAAUGGAAACUCAGAACCUGCUCAGCCUGCCCUGCAGAGGCCAAUGGAGCCCCAGGUACAGUGGUCCCAUCUGGCAUCUCUCAAGAACAAUGUUUCCCCUGUCUCGCGAUCCCAUUCCUUCAGUGACCCUUCUCCCAAAUUUGCUCAUCACCAUCUUCGUUCCCAGGACCCAUAUCCACCUUCACGCAGUGAAGUGCUUAAUCAGAGUUCUGACUCUAAGUCGGAGGUACCCGACCCCACCCAAAAGGCUUGGGCUAGAUCAGACAGUGACGAGGUGCCUCCAAGGGUACCUGUGAGAACGACAUCCCGAUCACCAGUCCUGUCCCGCCGUGAUUCCCCACUGCAGGGCAGUGGGCAGCAAAAUAACCAAGCAGGUCAAAGAAAUUCCACGAGCAAUAUAGAGCCUCGUCUGCUGUGGGAAAGGGUGGAGAAGCUUGUACCAAGGCCAGGCAGUGGCAGUUCUUCUGGCUCAAGCAACUCUGGCUCACAACCUGGCUCCCACCCUGGCUCUCAGAGCGGGUCUGGAGAGCGGUUCAGGAUGAGAUCAUCAUCCAAAUCAGAGGGUUCGCCAUCACAGCGCCAUGAAAGUGCACCUAAAAAGCCUGAAGAGAAAAAGGAAGUCUUCAGACCCGUCAAGCCUGCUGAUUUAACUGCAUUGGCGAAGGAGUUGCGAGCAGUAGAGGAUGUGCGACCUCCACAUAAAGUAACGGAUUACUCAUCCUCAAGUGAGGAGUCAGGGACAACAGACGAGGAAGAUGAUGAUAUGGAACAAGAAGGAGCAGAUGAAUCUACUUCUGGACCAGAUGAUGUCCGAGCAGUGUCAACGCUGAACUUGAGCAAUGGUGAAACAGAGUCAGUAAAAACCAUGAUUGUCCAUGAUGAUGUGGAGAGUGAACCUGCCUUGACUCCUUCUAAGGAGGGCACCUUAAUUGUUCGACAGAGUACAGUUGACAAAAAGCGUGCCAGCCAUCAUGAGAGCAAUGGCUUUGCCGGUCGCAUUCACCUCUUGCCAGAUCUCUUACAGCAAAGCCAUUCCUCCUCCACUUCCUCCACCUCCUCCUCCCCAUCCUCCAGCCAGCCGACACCCACCAUGUCCCCACAGACACCCCAGGACAAGCUAACUACUAAUGAGACUCAGUCCGCUAGUAACACACUCCAGAAACACAAAUCUUCCUCCUCCUUUACACCUUUUAUAGACCCCAGAUUACUACAGAUUUCUCCAUCUAGUGGGACAACUGUGACUUCUGUGGUAGGAUUUUCUAGUGAAGCAAUGAGAUCAGAGGCAAUAAGGCAAGACCCUACACGGAAAGGAUCAGUUGUCAACGUGAAUCCCACAAAUACGCGGCCACAGAGUGACACACCAGAGAUUCGCAAAUACAAGAAGAGAUUCAAUUCCGAGAUACUGUGUGCGGCCUUAUGGGGAGUGAACUUGCUGGUGGGCACUGAAAGCGGUCUGAUGCUGCUAGACAGAAGUGGGCAGGGGAAGGUUUAUCCACUCAUCAAUCGAAGACGAUUCCAGCAAAUGGAUGUACUUGAAGGGCUGAAUGUCUUGGUGACAAUUUCUGGUAAGAAGAACAAGUUGCGAGUUUACUAUUUGUCGUGGUUAAGAAAUAAAAUCCUUCACAAUGAUCCUGAGGUAGAAAAGAAACAGGGCUGGACAACGGUGGGCGACUUGGAAGGCUGUGUGCACUAUAAAGUUGUAAAAUAUGAAAGAAUCAAGUUCUUGGUAAUUGCAUUGAAGAGUUCUGUGGAAGUCUAUGCAUGGGCACCAAAGCCAUACCAUAAAUUUAUGGCCUUUAAGUCAUUUGGAGAAUUGGUACAUAAGCCAUUGCUGGUGGAUCUAACCGUAGAAGAGGGUCAGAGACUAAAAGUGAUCUAUGGCUCCUGUGCUGGCUUCCAUGCUGUUGAUGUGGAUUCAGGAUCGGUCUAUGAUAUUUAUCUACCAACACAUAUCCAGAGUAGUAUCCAGCCUCAUGCAAUCAUCAUCCUCCCAAACACGGAUGGGAUGGAGCUGCUGGUCUGCUAUGAGGAUGAAGGAGUUUAUGUCAACACAUAUGGAAGGAUAACCAAGGAUGUGGUUCUGCAGUGGGGGGAAAUGCCAACUUCAGUUGCAUACAUCCGAUCUAACCAGAUCAUGGGCUGGGGAGAAAAAGCUAUCGAAAUACGGUCGGUGGAAACUGGACACUUGGAUGGUGUGUUCAUGCACAAAAGGGCACAAAGACUCAAAUUCUUAUGUGAACGCAAUGACAAGGUUUUCUUUGCCUCCGUGCGGUCAGGUGGAAGCAGUCAAGUCUAUUUCAUGACCCUUGGCAGGACUUCACUUCUGAGCUGGUAGAAGCAGUGGGAUUUGGAGAGGAAUUGCUGACAUCCAGAGUCUGAGAUCUUCAUAACUUGGAAUUAUUUUCAACUGGAGUACAGACCUGCACGAGUGCAGCACUCUGUGUAAAUGUGUGUGCAGGCAUCACUGGUGUUAGGUUUCUUUAUGUUUUUCAACUGAGGCUGCAACGCAGCUGGUGCUGUAAAGAUAUUGCCAUCAGGUGCUACAAUGUCUUUGAGAUUUGGGAUCAUGCUAGAAAGCUACAGGUCUUCUUUUCCCUUCAGCUCCAGUAUUCCUAGGAUUUGAAGGACUCUGUUUGUUAGUGUUAAAACAGAGGAAGGGGGGGGAAAUGGAAGAAAAACAAACCAGGCUUACCAUGACCAUGCUGUUUGUUGAGUGGACAGGAGGCAGGCAAGAGAAGGUGAGAAGUGGUGUAGAGAGUCAGACUGGCUGAAACAGAGGGCAGAUCUAGUCUAGUAAUGUUAACAAUGUAUUUAAUUGACAUUUCUUUUUUGUAAUGUGACAAUAUGUGGACAAAGAGGAAGGUGCAGGUUUUAAGAAGUUAAUAUUUAUAAAAUGUGAAAGACACAGUGACUAGGAUAACUGCUUUUUGGGGACAGGGAGGGUGGGAAGGGGCUUGGGGUGGAAUUCUUAGGGAUUUUUGUUUCUGCAGUUUUAUUUUGGCCUGGCCAAUAACUUUAGUCAUUUUCUGUGUACCAGGUGUUGCCUGAAACAUGUGCAGGUGAUUUAAAAAAAAAAAAAAAAAAGAAAAAAAUUUCAUUUUCUAUAAUGAUUCUGUGUUAGGCCAGAACUUGGUUAUGUCACAGUAUUAGCACUGCCUCAGUUAAAGGUUUAAUUUUUGUUUAAACCUAGAAGUGCAACAACAGUUUUACCACAGUCUGCACUCGCAGAACUAAAAAAAAAGAUAAAAAAAAGAAAAAAAGAGAAAUAAAAUCCAAACUACAUAUGUUUAUUUUUUGUGCCUACCUCAUUGUUUUUAAUGCAUAAAAUAAAAGAGGUGGUUUAGUUUAUACGUUUUUAGAAGAAAAUCCAUUAAUGUCUAAUUUAAUCUUAAUACCAAAACUACCAGAUUGAAAGGUUUUUGAUUGUUAUUGCAUAGCAAGUUUCAGCAGGAGGAGAGAGUAGUCCGUUGGGGCAAUAGUCGUAGCGGUAUGGCAGUGAGACACUGAUUAAUGUAAUCUGCUUACAAAAUUUGGUAAAGCAAGCAUUUUUAAAACCAGUUUCAUCCUUAAUAGACGUAUGAAUUUAGCCUAAACCAGAGGUUUGACUCUUCUAACACAUGGGCUUAGUAACAGGCAGGUAAAAGUAACUAGGCUAGUUCUAUAAAUUGUUAAAUGUUGUAGGAAACAUUUUGGGGCGGUGAUGUUUUUCUUUUUAAGAAUGCAAUGCACUAAAACUCUUUUAAGAAUGUAGUUUGUACUGCUUAUUCAUAAAAACAGCGUAUACCUGUGUUUAGAUGUAAGAUCCCAGCUCUGGCUUUUUUCCUUUCUUUUUUCUUUUUUUUCUUUUUUUUUUUUUUUUUUUUUUUUUUGUUUUGUUUUGUUUUGUUUUGUUUUGUUUUUUUUAAGUCAGUUUUAUUUUAUGAAUAAGUUCUGACAUUUUUAAUAAAUGUCUUGAGAGUAAUAAUUUGUUUAGUGGCUACAUGUUCAUUACUUGAGAAAUCUUGAGUGUAUAAUAAUCUGUUGGUGUUGUAAUAAUGCACAGUGUCACGAUUCAGCCAUUUUCCUUUUUGUUUUCUUUUUUUUUCCCCUUAAUUCCUUUGGUGGGGUACUUUGCUGACAGCUGCCUUAAGCUGUUCAUUCAGUGAACAGGCUCUCAGUGUUUCAUGGGCUUUGUCUUCUGCUGUGGUUAACUUUCCUUCAUGGCAUGACAGGUAGGGCUUUUUAAACACGUAUUCUUCAAUUCAGUCAAGCUGAUGGCUCGAGCGACUGGUCACACAAUCAAUUAAGAGCCAAGAGCACCAAGUGUGCAAAGCUCAGACUCAACAGACCCUUCUUUUGGUGUCAAAUCUGACUGCUGUAAAUCCUUCAACCCCGAUCAGCGCUGCUGCUGAAGACUCUCCUUCGAACAUCGUAAUGGUUGAAAAGCGAGCGGUAAAUGCGUACCUCCAGCGCACGCGUGUGCACACAGCAACCCCCACUCCCCUACCCCCCCAAAAAAAAUCAAAACUCAAGAAAGCCUUACAUUUGCUGGCGGAGGAAUACCUAGAACUAUUUUUUUUUAAUUGUAUGACUUUUGGAUAGUGUUGAAGGUGAAGGAUGUGUUCUUUUCAGGCCCGGUGUGGUCAGCCAGAAGAAUGAUCAACCUUUUGUACUAUAAUGAACUAAAGGGGACUCGGAAAUACAACGUGAUGGUGGACAUGGGUGUAAUCACAGAGCUGCCCUGUAGUGUAGUUUGCCGAAGCUGAUUCGAUCGAAUGUCAGUCUGCGUGAUUUAAAUCUUCCAGUGCUAUGUGGUCAAAAUUAAUCUAGUCCUUGAAAGCUGAUGCUAUUCACCUAGAGGAAGAUGCUCCAGUGCUAUAGGGAUGCCCAGGUCAUGGAUAUGUGCUGUUGAAGUUUUGAGGCUCCGGGGGAGGGAGGAAAUCUCCUUCCUUCAGUGGGUCUGCCCAUCUGGCAGCUUCUGCCUCCACAGAAGUGCCAACAUGGCAAGGUAAAAACAGUAUUACAAAACCACUUCACAUACCAACAUCGAACUCUUCAAACAGUGCUUUUGUAAGCAAAGAAGAAAAGAAAAGCUCCUAGGUUUAGUUUUAAGCUUUAAUAAGUAAUAAUUUUCUGUAUCUUUAAGUCAAAGUAACCCUAACUUGUAUGACUGCAGUGUUUUUAUUUUUUAUCUUAUGCACAUGUUAUGUUGGAGAAAAUGUUUACAAAAAUGGUUUUGUUACACUAAUGUGCAUCACAUAUUUAUGGUUUAUUUGAAAGUGAUUUUUGUGGGUUUUUUAGUUUUUCAUAGUAGUAGUAGUUCACUUUUUGUGAUUUAUAACCCCAAACUCUGCUGAUUAUAAAAAUGCUAAACAAUAAUACAAAAUGACAAACUGCAUUAAAAUUACUAAUCGUAGAGCUGCAAAGCAGACUGGUGGCAAGUAAAACACUCAGCCUUUUUUUUGCAGUGCUAUCUAACUUGUCUUCUGUGUAUUAUGGAAAUUACUGUUUUUUCCCCGUUUUUCCUUAAAUAAAGUCAAAUUGACACCUA